CCGGUUUCGUAGGUACAACCGGUUUCUAUUUAAAAAAAGUGCGCUAAUAGAAACCGGUUUUUCAUUACCGGUUUCUUUAUUGCGGUGUCGUAGUUACAUUAUGACACCGGUUUUAAUUAAACAUAUUAAACCGUUUUUAAACCGGUUUUAAAGGCUUUUUCAGAAUUAAAAAAAAAAAAAAUUUUGAAAAGAGAAGAAAUCAGUUUGAUCGUUCAAACACAUUAGCCCUAAUUAACCCCAAAUGCGCCGCGCCUACCACCUUCUUCCCAAAUCUGCCACCUAUCUUCUUCUUCCCAAAUCUGCCGCCUACCUACGAUCUCUCCGGCGCCGACUCACCCCGACCAACGCCACUCGUUCCUUGCGCCGCCGCCGUCGUAUCAACAGUCAACGCAGCCACGAACCACGUCCUCUGUCGCCUCUCUCCAAUCAUAAAAUCGUAGGUUUCCUCGCCGCCGCCGCCGCCACAAUCUCCGCCGGUCAGCAAGCAACGAAAAACGACGCUACUAGUGUUUUUCUGAUCCCCUUAGCGCCAUACUUCGCCGCCGCUUUGAGCUGCUGCUGUACUCCAGAAACGACGCUGCUGUCAAGUUUUCUCCGGUCGCCGCCACGCUGCUCUGGUUUACCUUACUGUACGGCAGCACGUGCAUUGCUCUUCCGGUCUGUUCUCGACUUAGCCGCUGCUCCUUGAGCGCCAUACUUCGCCGCUGCUUUGAGCUGCUGCUAUACUCCAGAAACGACGCUGCUGUCAAGCUUUCUCCGGUCGCUGCCACGCUGCUCUGGUUUACCUUGCUGUACGCCAGACGAGGCAGGAGCAGAAUUAGCUGCUUCAAUCGGAGGGCAGCACGUGCACUGCUCUUCCGGUCUGUUCUCGACUUAGCCGCUGCUCCUUGAGGUUAGUUUUAUGUUUAGCUUGAUUUCUUUAUUAAUUACAAACAGAAAAUUAGUUUUAUGCUGCACUACAAUCUUGUUUCAUCAGAGUAUAAUUAUGCUGCACACACACACAUUCUCGGUUGCUUUGCUGUUCUUGAAUUUAAUUCCAGGAAAGUGACAUAGCAGACCCUAAAGAGAAAACUCUAGCUUUACUUGACUGCGUGAAUAUGAACAUAACAAGUAGUACUAAUACUUAUAGCAUCAACUUUGUAUUUAAUUGUCCUAGUUGAAAAGUUGAAAGCUAUUCUUAUUUGCCAAAUCUAAUGUGAGAUGGUUGCUAGCAGAGAAAGUUUAGAAAACAGAAGAAGCCUUGAGGAUAGGAAGAAACUUAACAGCUCAAACUUAAGGGAAUUUAAUAUAAUUGGAUGCAUUCAGCGGCAAAUGGCUAAGUUACUUGCGCUUGAUUUUCAAUUAGAUUGUCUCGACUACCAGGCAGAGAAUUGGUAUCAUGCUGAUCUUGACUUAGAAACUUUUAAAUUACUCCAGGUAUAAUUGCAUCCUCAUAUCCUUAAAGUAAAUUGUGUUGCUCAACACCUUUGUCAUUCAAUAUAAAAUAACUACAUCUUGAUGAAAAAAGCUACUACUAGAAAUACCUACUUGUUAGUUGUUGCCAUUACAUUUUCGAAUUGUAAUUACUGGAGUCCUAAUGGGCUAGGUUUCUUUCCACGGUAAAAGAACUCAGAAAGCUAUACUGCUUCUGCUAUGAAUUUUGUCAAUUUUGGCUUUUUUUUAUGAGAACAAAACUAUAUCCAUUUGUUUCUCCCAAAACUAUACAUAUACCAUGGUUUAUGUACAAUUUCCUACAAUAGCAUCACAUUUGUUCAAUUAGCUAGUUUUAGUAUUAUUAUUAUUAACGGGGUUUCAUGACUAAUUAAUUUUAUAUGCGUGUGAUCAUUUAGUCUCUUAUUUGCUUAUCUAUCGUUGCUUUAUUGCAUUGGAAAUCUUGUAAGAAAUGUAUAAAAUGUUGUUAGUUGUUUAUAUAGGUUCAUAAUGGAUAAAACAUGGAUGUCAAAGAAUAGGUUGACUGAUGAGUAUAAAGUUGGAGUAGAGUCUUUCAUGCAAUUUGCCAUGCAAAAUUCACCUGAUGAUGCAUUGAUGCCAUGUCCGUGCGCAAAAUGUGGAAAUUUAAUAGGAAAAAGACUAAUCUUGUAAAGUUGCAUUUGUUGAGUAACGGUAUCGAUUUAACAUACCAUACAUGGAUAUGGCAUGGAGAAAGAUCUAUAUCAAAUUACUCAAUAACGGGAGUUAUUGAAUGGGCGUUAAAGAUGUUCAAUGCCACGAUGCAGAGGAAAGGAAGAAAGACACUAAACUGGUCAAUACCUAAGGUUCCUAAACAAUCUGACAACUCUCAGUGUGGUUUUUAUGUCAUGAGAUAUAUGAAAGAUAUUAUUGAGUCUGCUAAUUUUGAGAGGAUUAGCUCGCUGCAAUUAUUGUUCAAUAGCAAAAGUUAUUCUAGUGUGGAGAUUGGUGAAGAACGGAGGGAGUGGGCUGAUUGUGUUUUGCAGGUAAUAUGAUCAAAGCUAACUUGGAUGCAAAGAGGAAAGAAGACCAUAUUUAGUUUUUGAAAAAUUGAGGCUUCAAGAACAUUUGAUUUUGAGAGUUGAUAUUAGAUUUUGUCUUCCUAGAAACUUGAUAUUAGACUUUCUAUUGUUAUAUUGAUAGUUGAAACUUGGUGCGAGACAUUGGAGAUGAUUGUAACGUACGUUGGUGCUAAUUGAUUGUGUAAUUCGAUAUUUGUUGUUAUUAGUUA